AUGAACUACAAUAUUUGUAGCUUCCCAUCAUGCGAUGGAAAACCUAAGUACAUGUGCGACUGACAAGAUCAAAAGUUAGUAUUUUGCAAACUACAUAAAAAAUCUCACUCCGCCUCUAACUCUUUAACUCAUAGGUUUGAAUAUCUAUAUCGUAAACCUGCUAAGCCCACAAUAAUAAGUAUUCUGAAAUCUUUUCAAGAAGAAAAAUCAAAACUCCAAAAUAUUAAAUUACAAUUCUCCUCAGAGGUUUCUACAAAUAUGAAAAACCUCGAAGAAAUCAAUAAAAAUGGGUUAAAAUCGUUAGACUCAGGAAUCAGAAUAAUUGACAAAUAUAUAAGAAAAAUUAUAACAACAAAAGAAAUAAGGACAAAUGAAGAAGACGCAUUGCUAAAAAUCCUGUUGCUUAAUGAUCCUAACGAUGUCCAAAUACAGCUUGAAAGCUUUAUAAGUGAAUAUAUUAAUUACGGGGAUAUUGCCAAUAGCUGUGUGCUGAGCGGGCUAAAUUUAGGAAAUGAGAGGACAGUAGAAAUUAAUAGUGGAAAUAAUGCCAAAAUAAAAGACUUAGAAAAAAACGUAGCUGAGUUAAAACAUGAGGUAAGAAGACUCAGUCAAAUUAUUGAAAAUUCAAGGCAAGUAAGCAGAAAUGAGGAGCCUGUUGCAAGUAAUUUAAAUUUAUCAAGAAGUGCUUAUUAUGAGCCAGCAAGGAAUUAUUAUACCUUUCAACCUGAAAAUCAGCACCUCAACUCAAGCCAAGCUUACCUAACUGUAGGAAAUGGUAGUUUAUUUACCUCAAUGAUUUCACUUCUUCCUGACCAAAAACAUGGAUUUUCUGAUAUAAAUGAUAAUUCCUACCUCACUUCGGCGUUACAGAUUCUUGCCAGCACAUCUUUAUUUAUUGAAUUAUCAAAAAGUAUAAUAGACCCAACACUAGUGAGCUUAAACAUUUUAUUUCACACUAUGAAAAGGUCAAAUUUCCAAAAUUUCGUUGAUAAUUUACUAUCAGAUUUUAACAUAACUUUAAUACAGAACUCUUAUUAUGUAAAUUUUAUAUAGACUAACUUUGAAAAAGACCCUAAAAAUGUGAUAAACUGGCUUAUAAAUAAGCUUUAUGAAUAUUAUCCAAAUCAAAAAUUAUUUUCAACUAUAUAGCAUAAGACCUAAUUUAGAUCCUUUAGAACAAUAACUCUCCAAAAAAAGGCUAAAAACUGCUCUAUUAAAUAUUACUGAAAUAGUUCUCAAAUUCUAAUUUCAGAAAUGUUCUUUUUCAUAGAAUAAUCCUUUUUGAAGCAUUUUUCACUUGAAUUCUCUAAAAGAGAGCCUACACUAUAUUGACAACAAGAGUUAACUGUGAAGUUGGGCAUGAGCAUAUAAAACUGGACUAUAUAAAUGUUAUUGAAUUCAUGAAUUUUGCAAAUAAACCAAUUCAUGAAGAAAUCGAUCAAAAUAUAAAAACAAGUACCUGAAAUGAAGAUUUUUGUAGUAUUUGCAAUCAAACUAAAUUGAUGAGCAAUACAGUAGAAUCCAUUGAAGUGGGAUCAUUUUUAAUAUUAGAAUUGCCAAUAGGAAAUCAAUAUAUUCUCCCUGAAGAAUUUAAUUAUAUGGGAUCAAAAUAUGAAAUAUAUGGAGCAAUCAAAUGCCUUUACCAGAUAGAAAACACGAAGAAAUAUGCCGCAUAUACAAAAGAUGGAUGCACAUGGAGAGAAUAUUUAUACUUUUCAAUAUAAGGUCUAUAUCGGUAAUUUUCAUAGCUUAUUAUAUAAAUACAGAGUAAACGUAUUAAUUUGAUAUAGAAUAGAUAAUAACUCGAAGAUUUGGCAGCCAGAUUUCAGUUCGUGCUAUCUUGCAUUUUUUAUAAGCUCAUAG